ACACACACACGUACACUCUUCCUAACCCCCCGGUACGGCGGCGGAACAGCGUCUACUACACGAGGAUGUGAGGAUGACGAUGAUGAUGGUGAUGAUGAGGAGGAGGAUGCUGAAGAUGAAGAUGAUGCUGAUGAUGAUACUGAUGAGAAUGAAAACAGCAGCACGCGCGAUCCGGACAGCUCAGCUCCUCCCUACCAGUUUACAGUAAAGAGAGAGAGAGAGAGAGAGAGAGAGAGAGAGAGAGAGAGAGAGAGAGAGAGAGAGAUAGAGAGAGGGAGAGACAGGGACCGGAGCAUCUUCUCCAUCAGCUGGAGUGAAGAUGUAUCAGGGGCACGCGCAGGGGAAAGACUCGAGGGUGGUUGCCAUGAUGCUGAAGGAGCUACCAAGUAAAGCAUCCUCAGAUGGAAACCCCCUCCGCUGCGUUACAACCAAGCUGGGUAGCGAGCACCAAGAGAGCCGUCCGUUACUGAGCCCCUCCAUCGACGACUUCCAGAGCGAGGGGAAGAGUGAUGGAGCCACUCGGCCGGUCACCUCCAACACAGCAGUCAUAUCCACAGCACUGGACCUGGUGGACCUGAGUGAGCCCACAGAGCGGAGGUGGAGCUGGGACCGGAGAAGCCCCCGUGGCCCCCGGAGAACCGGUUCCGCCAGGGGGAGCUUCUGCAGGAAGAAAACCGAGGAGACCGAGCUUAUCCAAGUGGACAAUGAUGAAUUCUCCACCGGCUCCUUCAACGCUGAGAGAGCCUCUCUGGAUUCAGUGAGCAGCUCUCCUCUGGAGAAGUGGGAGGACCUGGGCCUCCACCGGGACCGUGCCUUUAAUGGGGGGAGGACGUGGAGAUACGAGAAGAAGAAGUGCACCUCCCAUCACUCCUCCAGCGAGCUGCUCUGGUCAGCGGAUUUUAAAAGCAGCCUCUCUAAUAAACACGCCCUGGAGCUCAGCAUCAGCACCGAGUCUGACCCAGGACCGACCACUCAGCGGCCGAGGCUGAGGCUGGGCAGCUCUCUGUUAGGCAGGCAGCACUCUCUGGAGGAGGAGUUUGUGAGAGCCAAGGCAGCAGUGGAGUCAGACACUGAGUUCUGGGAUAAGAUGCAGGCGGAGUGGGAGGAGCUUGCUCGGCGGAACUGGCUGGAGGACGGAGAGAGCGAGGGCCUGAUUCCUCUCAACAUUUCACCCAAUGAGACGGGUUACUUCUUCCACACGGACAACCCCUACAAAGAAUGGCCCAACGCCUUCGAGGAGGGGGUUCAGAAAUGCCGGGAGGGGGACCUGAACAGCGCAGUGCUGCUGCUGGAGGCGGCCAUCCUGCAGGACCCUCAGGACUCGGAGGCUUGGCAGGUGCUGGGGACCACCCAGGCCGAGAACGAGAACGAGCAAGCCGCCAUCGUCUGUCUACAGAGGUGUUUAGAGCUGCAUCCUAAUAACCUGAGUGCUCUGAUGGCGCUGGCGGUCAGUCUGACGAACACCGGGCAGCAGCAGGAGGCGUGCGAGGCUCUGCACCGCUGGAUCAGACAUAACCCCGCCUACAGGCACCUCCUACAGGACCGCAGCCCACUGGACGGGUCCCCGCUGCCCAAACGCAGGGGGUCCUCCGUCUCUCCAAUCUCCAGCCUCGGAUGCUCUCAGCUGGUGGAGGUGUUGGAGCUGUAUCAGGAAGCAGUUCAGCAGAACCCGAGCAGUGUUGAUCCGGACCUGCAGACUGGACUGGGCGUUCUGUUUAAUCUCAGCUCGGACUUUGAUAAGGCCGUGGACGCCUUCAACGCUGCGCUGUCUGUACGGCCUGAGGAUUACCUGCUGUGGAACCGCCUGGGCGCUACCCUGGCUAACGGUGACCGCAGUGAAGAGGCGGUGGAGGCUUACACCAGAGCUCUGGAGCUUCAGCCCGGCUUCAUCCGCUCCAGAUACAACCUGGGCAUCAGCUGCAUCAACCUGGGAGCACACAGAGAGGCGGUCAGCAACUUCCUGACGGCUCUGAAUCAACAAAGGAAGAACCGGAGCCACCAGGUGAUGUCCAGCAGCAUCUGGGCCGCCCUGCGCAUCGCCCUGUCGAUCAUGGACCUUCCCGAGCUCAUCCACGCCGCCAGUGUCGGGGACCUGGACCUGCUGAUAAAGGCCUUCAACAUGGACAUAUGACCUGAUAAUACCCCUCACCUCUUAUAGAAGAAGCCAACCAAUCGCAAAGCGGCGAUGCUGUUGUUGAAUUAGUGAAGGCCAUGCUGUGCACCGGCUGCUCUGGUGUGAUUAAUAAUAAUAGUGCGAAUACCGUUAUUUCUAUUGAAUUUACGGCUUUAAAUAGAAAUAUACAGAGGGAGCGGCGUGGUCUUGCAUGCAGUUUGCACAUAGAAAGCAGGGACUCUAUAUAUAUAUUUAUUUAUCGAUAUCUCUAUAUCUAUAGAAAGAGAGAGAGAGAGAGAGAGAGAGAGAGAGAAAGAAAUUGAGAAAGAGAACAGAAGCACAUUUCUGAUAAUUUGGAUUCGGAUUAUAUAUUCCCGAAUCCUGACUCUAGUCUUUCUUAUUAGAUUAACUAUAAUUUGUAAUUUGAAUGGACUUUGUAUACUUGAAUAUGAACCAAAUUGGCGAGGCUUGGAGGUAACGUAGAGUUUAGCACUUAACGAUAAAUGACCUCACAUUCGUCCGCGUCCACACGUCACGUUCAUACACACACUCGCGUCUUUAGUCUUUACACAUGGCCGCUGCUCAAGUUAUGCUCCAGACCCAACGUUCAUCCACUGUGCUCUCAAAAAAAAACUAUAACUUUCAAUGAAAGUCAAUGUAAAAAGGUUUUAUUCAAACUACAGUACCAGACAAGUUUAAUGUUUCUGCUUUAUUUUUAAAUGUUCUGAUUGUAGAUUAAUACUAAAAACAUAUGAAAUUAUUUAGCAAAUGAGUAAUUGUUAAACAAACCAGAAUAUGUUUUAUAUUUUACAUUCUUCAAAUAGCACCUCUUGCUUAGAUGACAGUCAGUUAACAGCUGUGCUGUACUCAUCAAGAGUUAAUUACUUGAAUUUCUUGUCUCUUAAUAAAGUGUUUGAGAGCAUCAGUUAAAGUAAAGUAGUGAAGAGGUAGAGUUACAGGUACACAGUGAAUAGUGAAUAUUUAAGUAAUGUUCUAAUCCAGAUUAUGAGAAGCAAGAACUACUAAGUAAUAAUGAAACUGGCAUUUAUCAGGUAUACAGUGAAUAAUGGCAAGAACUACUUAACUAAGUAAAUAAAAAACACUUUAAGAAAAAAUGAAGGUCAGUCAAUCCAAAAAGAAGAAGAUUAAAGAAGAUUAAAAAAAAAAGUGCAGUCGCCGCAAAGACAAAUAAAACCCUAGUUUUUAUAAUGGUGAAACUGGCACUCAACAGGUAUACAGUGAAUAAUGGAAAGAACUACUCAACUAAGUAAAGAAACAUGACUUAAAAAAAAAA